CGUUGUUGUUAAUUAUAACAACAUGUUCUCGUGAUGUCAAUUCGAAUUUCGAAUUCGAAUUGGGUUUUGACUUUUGAUUGCUAUGCUAAUAAAAAAGUAGGGUUAAUCAUCCAGGGUAUUUCAUUUCGUUGCCCGUACUUUGUUGAUGCGAUAAUUCCGGUAUAUAUAAAUUCGAUCGAGUUCUGAACUAAUGAGCUUGAAUCUUAGGGUUUCAUGUUACCAGCACAAGUAUCCGGGUUAGCAGAAAGUGGAUGAAUAAGUUGUAUAAUUUUAGCCAAUUUGAUUGAAUUUAGAGCAAUAUGAUUACACUGCGGGUUCUACAACCUAUAUGGAAGUUAAUUCUCAUUUUGUUAUUUAACAAAGGUGAUCUUACUUUUCUAGGUGAAGGGUAAGCGUCGAAGUUAUUAAAUGUCCAGUAGACAGCAUAGCUGUUAAUCAAGUCAUCAAAGAUGGUGAAACCGUUGUUUCGGCUGGAGAAAUGUACGAAAUGGGAUUCUUUAGCCCUGCUAACUCCAACAAUCGUUACCUGGGGAUAUGGUACAAGAAGAUUGCCACGGGUACAGUGGUAUGGGUUGCUAAUGGAGACUUGCCAUUAUCCAAUACAUCAGGCACCUUCAAAGUCACUAAUGAGGGACUCCUGCAGAUUUCCUGCUGCGGUGAUACCAUAAUCUGGUCAUCCACUUCUUCGGCAUUGGUCAGGUAUAUUAAUCCAGUGGCACAACUUUUGGAUACUGGAAAUUUUGUUGUCAGGGAUGGAAACAGUACUGAUGAGACCAAUUUCAUUUGGCAAAGUUUUGAUUAUCCUGGUGACAUCUUACUACCAGGAAUGAAACUUGGUAAGGACUUCGUAACAGGCAUAAGCAGGAACUUAACAUCAUGGAAGAGUCCCAAUGAUCCUUCUAUAGGUCAGUAUUUAAUCUAUGUAGAUACAAAUGGAUAUCCACAAGUGUUCAUCCUCGGGCAAGGUUUAGUCACACGCAUCAUAAGGUUUGGACCAUGGAAUGGUGUUAGGUUUAGUGGUCUGCCUGAUGAGAAUCCAAAUCCAGUUUACUCAGUUGACUUUGUUGUCACCCAGAAGGAAGUAUAUUAUAUAUCCGAGCUUAAGACUUCAACUGUUCAGAUGAUACGGUUGAUGUCGGAUGGCAGUGUAGUAAUAUUGCGGUGGAACAAUCAAAGCCAAGAUUGGUUUAUUUUUGCAAAUGGUCUGCUAGAUAUGUGUAAUGCCUAUGGACUCUGUGGUCCUUAUGGAACCUGUAACAUCAACAAGACUCCUCCUUGUAGUUGUAUGGAUGGUUCUGAACCAAAACGCCCGGAUGAAUGGAACAUGGGAGAUUGGUCGAGUGGGUGCCAACUCAAAGUUCCUUUAGAUUGUCAGGUCCCGGAAGACUUUCGGAAAAUCAGAGGAAUGAAAUUUCCUGACACAAGAAAAUCUUGGUACAAUCAGAGCAUGACCCUUGGCGAGUGUGAGAUGGCCUGCAGGAAAAAUUGCUCUUGCACGGCUUAUGCAAAUAUAGAUAUCAGAAGAGGGGGGAGUGGAUGCAUACUAUGGUUUGGUGAACUGAUGGAUCUUAAGGUUUGUGAAGAGAGUCAAGAUCUUUACAUAAGAAUGCCUGUCUCUCUACUAAGAGAUGAUGGUCUUACGGUCUCCGAAUCUGACACCAACAAAAUGAUUCGGGUACUCACUAUCACCUUUUCAAUUUCAUUGGUCUUGCUGGGAUUGUCCUUAGCAGCGUAUGUUCGUAACAAGAGAAAGAAAAGGUCUUCAACAAAAGGACGAGGUCGGAGGGUACACGCCUUGGAUAAAAAGUACUCCAAUGUAGAGAACGAUGAUCUAGACCUGAAUUUUAUUAGCUUAUCUAAAGUAGUUAAGGCUACUAAUAACUUCUCCAUUGACAAUAAGCUUGGACAAGGUGGCUUCGGUCCAGUUUACAAGGGAGUGUUGGAAAAUGGACAAGAAGUAGCUGUGAAGAAACUUUCAGAAACUUCUCAACAGGGGUACGAGGAGUUCUACAAUGAAGUUGUUUGUGUUGCCAGACUUCAACAUCGGAAUCUUGUGAAGCUUCUUGGAUACUGCAUGGAUGGAGAUGAAAGGAUCCUGAUUUAUGAAUACUUGGCUAACAAAAGCUUGGACUUAUAUCUAUUUGAUGAAACCAAAAGCUCCAUGCUCAAAUGGCCUCUGCGCUUUGAUAUUAUCCAUGGGAUUGCUAAAGGUAUUCUUUAUCUCCAUCAAGAUUCCCGCCAUCGAAUCAUCCAUAGAGAUCUGAAGGCAAGCAAUAUUCUGCUGGAUCGCGACAUGAACCCAAAAAUAUCAGACUUUGGUCUUGCUAGAGAGUUUGGGGGAGACCAGAUUGCAGCUAAGACGGUGAAAGUGGUUGGAACAUAUGGUUAUAUUUCACCCGAGUAUGCAAUUCAUGGGCGUAUCUCUGUAAAAUCGGAUGUGUUCAGUUUUGGUGUUUUAGUUCUGGAGAUGGUGAGUGGGAAGAAAAAUAGAGGAUUCUCCCAUGAAAAUGUCGGUGAUAACCUUCUAGGACAUGCAUGGAGACUCUAUAGAGAAGGCAAGUCUCUGGAGCUCAUGAGUCCUUGUUUACGCGACUCAUGCAUUGUCUCUGAGGUGGAACGAACGAUACAUGUUGGUUUAUUGUGCGUGCAGAAUCUUGCAGAAGAUAGGCCAACCAUGUCGUCUGUGGUUAUGAUGUUGGAUGAUGAGGGUGCAUUGCCUCCACCCAAAGAACCUGCUUUCUUCGUUGGAGAAGGCUUGCCUAAUUCGACCCCCUUUUUAGCAGGAGUCGAUGAAGCCACUAUAACGUUGUUAGAGCCUCGAUAGGAAGUGUGUAUUCCAAUGCAACACUAAAUUUAUUUUAUGUGUGAUAUGUAUCGUUAGUUUUGUUGUAUCAUAUUGGAGUUUCAGUUCUCCUUCCUUCCAGGCUAAGCAAUAUUUGAGUGCUUA